CCUCCUCCUCCUGGCUCAGUUGGUCUGAUCAAAGACGAGAGGAGUUCACAUUUGGUCGACGGAUCGCCAUGGGAGCGCAGGGCUCAUCGCAGCGGGACGGGAAGCUCCAGGAGGAUGCUUCAGCUUCAGCUUCAGCUUCAGCCUCCGGCGGGGAGCUGAGCGCAGAGGUGAAGGUGCUCCAGGAGGGAAGCGGCGUCCUGGACGGAAAGCCUUUGGAGAAAAAUGGGCAAAUCUCCAGUUUGACCAGUCUGAAUGGCCACUCGGAGGACAACACACUAGCAGAAGUCGGCCAGCCAGAUGGUGUGUCGCUGGCCCAGAAGGAAGAGGCUCCGGAGAGCACAGCAACCACCCCGGUCGAAGGGACCCCUCAUGUAAACGGCGAGAAAAUGGACAAGGAGUCGCCCAGCGCAAAUGAUAUUUCCGCUGUUGAAGAGAAGGUAGCGGAGGAGAAGACGGACGAUGCGGGAGAGGUCGGCUUCAAGAAGAUUUUCACCAUCGUGGGCUUGAAAUUCACGCUCAAGAAGGACAAAAGCGACGAGACGGACCCGGUGACGCUUCUGACGGUAAAAGAUAAAGAGGAAGAGGAUGCCAGCUUGGCCGAAGAGCCUGCGAAGGACAAGGAGGCUUCUCCCGCUGAAGAGAAAACCCCAACAGAUGAAAAUAAGGCCCAGACAGAAGCAUCGACCCCAGAUGGAGAUGCAACUAAAGACACAGAGAAAGAUGAAUCCACUGACGCUCAGCCUGAUGGCGCCGCUGCCGAGGCUGCUAGUGAAGAAACCAAGGAGGAAACAGCUGAGAAAGAAGCAGAAACCGCGCCUCCGCCCAAGGAGACAGGUAUGUCCCCCUUCAGAAAGCUCUUCUUCGUGGGACUCUUCUCAAACUUGAGAAAGAAAUCCAGCAUCAAGAAGACAAAAGAAGAGGAGGAAAAGGAGGCUGCUGAGAAAGAGGAAACUGCUAAAACAGAAGAAGCCACUGCUGAGGAAAAGGAGGUCAAAGAUGAAGCAGAGCAGGUAACAAAGGAUGAGACUACUGUGUCAGAGGAGGAAACCAAAGAUGGGAAUGUUGUAACAGAGCAGGAAACUAAAGAGGAGACGCAAGAGACCCCUGUGGAGGGGAAGGCUGAGCCAGAGACCAAGGAAGAAGGACCGAUCACACAAGAGGAGGCAAAAUCAGACACUACCCCAGAGGCAACAACUCCCACCGAAACAACUACUGAUCAGAGCAAAGAAGACCAAAGGGCUGAAUCAAGUGUCGAAGAGAAGGUUCCAGCUGAGGUGAGUGCUGAGGCUGAACUACAGUCAUCACAGGAGAAGUCAAAACCCCAUGGAAGCCCUCUGAAGAAGCUCUUUACUGGGGCUGGCCUAAAGAAACUCUCAACUAAAAGACAAAAGAGCAAGAAAGAGCCCGAGUCAAAGCUCACCGAAUCCGGGGAGCAAGCUGCAGAUCAUCCUCAGUCUUCUGCUGAGUCUGAAGAGGCGGGCAAAGCAGACAGCAGGCCCUCGUCUCCAGAGGCAUCGGGGGAACAUGUGGUUGCCGCAGACGCAAAUCAACUCGAGUCCAGCCAAGAAGUUGAAGGGGAAGUUUCCUCUGAUGGGGAGAAGAAAAAGGAUAGUGUCAUUGCCUCCUUUAGAAAGCUAGUAACACCCAAGAAGUAUGCUAAAAGGUCUUCUGACAGUGAAGAUGAAGGCACAAAUGACAAACCAGCUAAGUCUGCCACACUGUCCUCGUCUGAGAGUGCUACACUGGCAGAAAAGAGUGUUGAGGAGGAGGAGAAAAAGGAAGACAAGGCCUCUGAGGAAGAGCCAAAAACCGAAAACACUGAGAAGCUGACCUGUAGCACCGAGGAGACCAAGAAGAAAAUGGACACCUCUGUUUCCUGGGAGGCUCUGAUGUGUAUCGGGGGACCCAAAAAGAGGACCAGGAAGACCUCUGACUCUGAUGAUGAAACCAAAGCAGAAGAGGAGAUAACAGGAGCAGCAGCAGGAGAAGAAGAUUCAAAGGAAGAGGGCAAAAAUGAAGAGGCUACUGCUGCUUCCCAAAAUCCUGAAAGUGAAGAAGUAACUCCUGCGCCUGCGCCUGAGCCUGUUCCCACCCCACCUGUGAGAGAGUCUCCAUGGAGCACACUGAAACGCUUGGUUAUGUCAAAGAAUAAGCCAAAAAGUGAGGAGAAGCCAGACGGACCCGCUGACCAAGCCCAGCAAGACGCUGAGACACAAAAAGAAGAGUCUUCUUUCUCUUUAAGGAAACUCUUCCCCGGACGCAAGAAGAAGGUGCCAGAAAAACAAGCGUCCACCGACCAGGGUGAGGAGGACUCUGAAACCCCAGCUGUUGUUCCUCUCUCUGAGUAUGACGAACAGGUUGAAGCAGCGCAGGAAACUCCAAAAGAAGCAGAUACGGUGCAGAGUAAAGUGUCUGCUGAGGACAGAUCACCAUCAUGGAUUCCAGCCAGCGUCGAAGAUACAGCAGAUCACCAUGAUCAGCUGAGUGAUAUCCCAGAGGAGGCGGAAAAUGCGGCCACGCCUAAAUCCGUUGACACUGACAUUGCAGAGGAUGAAACAGAUGACCAAGUUGUUCCUCCUAAAGGCUCAGGUCGCAUGGGACGUAGACUGUCCACCGCUGAGGUGAAGCCCAUUACGCCAGCUCCAGCUGCAGCAACCUCCCCUGUCCCUCAGGGACCCAGGCAGCACAGCGCAGAAGAGGUCAUUGGUGCUAUUGAGGCUCAAAUCACGGCACUCCCCACCCAGACAUCUGUGACUCUAGAAGAUGUUCCACUGGAAAAAGCUUCUGCAACAAGUGAGUCUGAGCCUGAAACAGAAAACGCCAAGCCCAUAACCGUAGCUAUCCUGGAGCCUCAUCCACAAGGUGAGGCGAUAGCUCUUUGUACCGGUCUUGAAACCAAGGAGAUUGCUGCAGUUGAUGUGGAGCAGCCAGUGGAGCCUACGUUAGAAGGCACGGGCCUUCUAGGUGAUGCUACUAACGUCGAGACAGUUGUGGAGGAGAAGUCAUUAGAACCACAAGAAGCUGUUGCGUCAGAAGAUCCUGUGCUCCAGGCUCACGUUAACAAAGUACAAACUCUGGCUCUUGAGCCUGCUGCUGACAAAUUAUCCAGUGAGAUUGCAGAAAUUGAAGUUGCCAGUGAAAGCUAUGAGCCUCAGAUUGAGAAGGUUGGAGCUGUCAGCACCGAGAACAUGGAGGUCAUUCAGCCGACAACGCAGACCGAGAACUCUCCCAAAACUGUUGUGGUCAACGCCAUAGAGCCACUUCCUGAAGCAGCUGUCUGCAUCCAGAGUGUCGAAGUCUCUGAGGUAACCGUAGAGUCCAAGGAGGGAGCAACGGAUGUAGAAGAGGGGACCCCAACUAAUAUAGAGGGGGCUGAAACUGCUGUCCCUGCUGUUGUGCCAAGAGAUGAAUCUGCUGUUAUCACCGAGACAGUGGUUCUUGUCGCUCCAAACGCAAUUUCAGGCAAUGCCAAAUCAGUUGCUACUGAACAAACUAAAGAAGCGGCCAAUGAAGAGGCCCAUAAGGCCAGUGAGAUUGAGACCCAGAGCGCUGUCAUUGCAGAGGCCGUCAUCAAGGACGCUGUAGAUAAAGUUUUAGAAGAUGGACCAGAAUCCAAAAAGCCAACAGCAACCAUCCCAACACCAGUUCAGGCAACAGCGACAACAGAGAGUGAGGUAGGCAUCGCAGCUGACCAAGUUGUCAUCACUGACACCCCUAUUCCUGACAUCUGUGAGAGACCAAUCCAUAAAGCACCUCAACCCUUAUGUGUUGCCAUGGAGGUCAUCGAGCCAGUCCCAAUCGAGGUCACAGAAAACAUCAAAGAGGAUGACAACGAGGAGGAGAAACCCAAAAGCAAUUUAAAGAAAGCCGUGGAGGUGCAAGUAAGUGAAGAUGCUGUCGUUGAGGAAGAAGUAACAGAGAUCAAAGGGGAGGACGGUGAGGAGAAAAAAAGCAAAAAUGAGCAGGAGGGAGCAGUGAAAGAAACCUCUGAGAAUGGAAACAAGUUGGAGGCCCCAUCAGAGGAGAAGAAGGAAAAGGAGGUCGAGAUCCACAUGCCAACACAUGUAGUCCUGCAAUCGGCUGAAGAGGUUGAAGAGCAGCCCGUGGCAGUAGAAACCGUGGCGAUGCUUGACGGCAACAGCUCAAACACCAGCGUGACAGCUGAGAAUCCCUCCAGACAAAACAAACUCCCUGAGCUGACAGAGGAGCCUCAGGAGACCCCUUGUGCCCAGGCUGCUGCUGCCAGUCAAUGUACGGACGCAGGCGAAAGCCAGCCGGAGCAAAAACCAUCAGCAAAGUGUGUGGAGGUGAUGGCGCAAGUGAUCGAGGUGAUCGAGGAGGCUGUGAAGGAGAUUGAGCCUGUAUCCAAAGAGAUCACAACAGCCUCAUGAGCAGCUGAGGAUGCAGCACCGUUUGCCUGGGAGACACACGUGUCAGGACCAGGAAGCAUGAGAGAGGAAGAUAAAAUGAGAGAGGAUGCUCUGUGGUGACACAAACCGACUGAAUCUCGCCCCAAUCCCAGAGAGACUGAGACACCUCCUCCACUCUCCCAUCCCACCUGUCCUCUGACUCUCCCCCCGCUGCCCUGUCACGGAGCCUUGAUGGCCCUCUAUCGCAUCCUCACCCACCUUAACACACAUUUGUGCAUGUCCCAUCCGUCAGAAGCAUCAUGUUUGGCCUGUUAUCACACCCGUGUACCCUCAGUGACUUUUCAUUGCCCUUGCUGCAACCUGGUGGAGUGGAAGUGCGCGCAUGUGUGUGUUCGGGAGUGUGUGAAUUUUUACGUGUAUAGUAACAAGACUGAGGUGGUGUGAGAAGGUGAAAAGAUGAGUGAUUAUUAUCAUGUAUAUUGUAUUUAUAUCUUGAUUAUUCAUUCGCACCCUAUUUCUUUUAUUUUUUACUUUAAAUUUGUCCUUUUGUUUAUUGUAAGGAUGUCCUGCAACAGAUUUUUUUGUUUUAAACUUGACGCGGAGACAGCUUAAACUUUCUCGUACAAUGAGUAUGAGCUAUUUAGAAUUUGGAUUUAAAUAAAAAGAGAUUGCAUAUAAGACAAUUAUUUCAAGGGUUUGUAGGUAAAUAUAACUCAGUCAUGGUACAAGUGUUAUUUCACAGGCAAGAGGAGCAGAGAUUGCAGCAACAACUACCAGAAAUGCACCACGAGCUUGUAUUGAUCACGUGUGCUUCACUCUGCUUCCCCACUUAAUAUUUCAUGAGAUUCAUGUAGAUAAAACAAUUUUCACUGCCUGAUAUACUGUGAAAAGACAUUGUCACACAUUGUUUAAUGUGAUAAUAAAACACUAUGACAACACUUUAAGCUUAUAAUGUGGCAGAAGUAUUUGCUGUGUUACAAAGAAAAUAUACGUGCCAGUUUUUAAAGACACUGGUUAGACAAGCGUUCAAGAAAAACACAAAGCAUAUCAUGUUUAUUGUGUGUGUGGUCUAUUUUUGAUCCACUGUUUCGUCACCUUCUUUGAAUCUCUGCAUUUGCUGAUGAAUUCUUUACACCUUUUAAAUCCCCCCCGGUGCAUUAGGGGUCACGUUGAUGGUAAGUUGGUCCUGCACAACUUUGGGUUCUUCCCCAAGCGUUAUAGCUCAGGUUGAUUAAAAGCUGGCACCGACCGGGGAGGGAGGACACGGCGAGCUAGGGAGGAUUUAAACUUCAUGGUACCAGAAAUAAAUACAAAAGCAAAUUUUUUCCCAUUAAUCUGAAAGCCAAAUCGAGUUAGGAUUAAUCAAGGAGCUAUGGCGUUUUCCAUCUAUCACAGGACUAGGACACCAGAUGUAUCCAAUUAGCUUCCCAAAGUUUCCACAGGGCUACUUUGAUACAGACAUCGGGUCUUCGUUGCAAAGGGAAUCUUCAAGAAAAGUCCAGUAACUACAGCUGUAGCUCUUACCACCAAAGCGGUUUAUUUUCAGUUAACUUUAGAAGAAUGGCACCAAGCGAGUCACAAAGAGGUGCUUUUAUAAGCAGUUAAAUUUAGGUUUUAGUGGUUUAUAUCAGCUGGCAGUGGAAAAAAGACUCACAUUUCUUUCAGCUUUAAGUUAAGGGUGUGGACAUUUGACACAAAGGUGCCCACUCUUGAGCCUUUUAAAGAUCAAUAUUUGCUUCAGUAUAAAAAUAAAUGAUUAGAGAAAGCUAUAGGGAACUAAAGAUAAGCAUCUAGAGCCCGUCACCCACCUUAAGCCCUCCCUUCUGUUUGUAACCCAUAAUAACUGUGAUCCCAAUAACAUUUGUACAGAUUGUAUACCUCCUGUAUGUACUUAAAUAAUAUUGUUAUAAUAUUAACAAAUAACCUGCAGCCAUUUAGCUAAAGUUUCAUGUAGCAUGGUCAUAAAUGUCUUUUAUAUUUUCCAAGCUGUUAAUAGUGAGGAUUCAGAAACUUGUCUAUAUUUCAUUCAAUAAAGUUAGAGAAAAUGUG